AUGAAUGUCCCACACAAAACUUUCUGCUUCUCUGUGAUACGGACAUCUCUGGCCUCUUCCCCAGAAGGCAGCUCACCCUCUGCCAAUGAGGACAGACUCUUUGGCCUCAAGAUGGACCCCAAGAGGAGGGCUUCUGGGUCCUCCUUGCAGAGAGGGAGCCCCUGCCUGGCAGUCCUGUCCCUGGAGUGCCUGAGAAGAGGUGCCAAGGGACGCCUGGCCUGGCGGGUGGGAUGGUCCCGGCAGGGGCUCCCCUCCUCCCUGGGCUUUGCCCUCCUGCGCUGUGGAAGGAGCUCUGCGGGGCUCUCUGGCAUUUCAGUCUCAGGGCCCCCAAUUGCCAAACCUGACCUCAUAUCCUGGCUGGAGGAAGAGGAAGGGCUGUUUCUCCCGUUCUCUGAUGAGGAGGAAGAAUUUACAGGAUGUGACUGGGAGUCAGCAAAGAAAACAAAAGAACUUGUAGUAGUGGAAAAAGAAGAUACCUGUCUGCCACGGAGAGAGAACACUGAAUACUGUAAGGCACCAAGGAAGGGAGAGGGGAAACACCCGCCAAGGAAUAGUUCCGGUCUUUUACAAGGUGAUAUUUCUCACGAAGUUCCAGUACUUCAAAAAAUAUACAAAGGAGGCAAUGGGACUGGGAGCACUUCAAAUGAGGAAAGUUUUCCUGAACAAUCAGACAUUGAUAUUCAUUGGAACGUGGACUCCAAGAGAAAAGUGUUGAAAAGGCUGGAGUGUGGGAAAGCCAGUGAUCAGACAGAAAACCUUAAUUCCUAUCAAAGGAUUCAUACAAGGGAGAAGUCAUAUGAAUGCCUGGAGUGUGGGGAAAGCUUCAGUCAGCGUGGAUGCCUUCAUUCCCAUCAAAGAACUCACGGAGAGGAGAAUCCUUACAAAUGCUAUGAAUGCGGGAAAAGUUUCAGUCGCAGUGCAAACCUUAAUUCCCAUCAAAGAAUUCACACAGGGGAGAAAGUUUAUACAUUCCUAGAAUGUAGAAAAAGCUUCACUAAGAGUGGAACGCUUAUUCUCCAUGAAAGGACUCACACAGGAAAGAAACCAUAUAAAUGUCUCGAGUGUGGAAAGAGCUUCAGGUUCAAUUCAAAUCUUCGUACCCAUCAAAAAAUUCACACAGGGAAGAAACCAUAUGAAUGCCUGGAGUGUGGGAAAAGUUUCAGUCAGAUUGGACACCUUAAUUCCCAUAAAAGAACUCACACAGGGGAGAAACCUUAUAAAUGCCUGGAAUGCGGAAAAAGCUUCACUGAAAGGGGAUCACUUGCUAUUCAUCAAAGAAUUCACACAGGAGAGAAACCAUACAAAUGUCUGGAGUGUGGAAAAAGCUUCAGACGGAGUGGAGACCUUGCUGCUCAUCAAAGGAUUCAUACAGGGGAGAAACCAUACAAAUGUCUGGAAUGUGGAAAGAGUUUCAGACAGAGUGGAGAUCUUGCUGUUCAUCAAAGGAUUCACACAGGGGAGAAACCUUAUAAAUGCCUGGAGUGUGGAAAGAGCUUCAGAGACAGUGGAUACCUGGCUGUUCAUCAAAGAAUUCACACAGGGGAGAAACCAUACAAAUGUCUGGAGUGUGGAAAAAGCUUCAGAGACAGUGGAUACCUGUCUGUUCAUCAAAGAAUUCACACAGGGGAGAAACCAUACAAAUGUCUGGAGUGUGGGAAAAGCUUCAACGAAAGUGGAAAUUUUACUGUCCAUCAAAAAAUUCACAAAGGGGAGAAACCAUAUAAAUGCCUGGAGUGUGGAAAAAGCUUCACUGAGAAGGGAUCUCUUGCUAUUCAUCAAAGAAUUCACACGGGAGAGAAACCAUAUAAAUGCUUGGGAUGUGGAAAAAGCUUCAGAUGGAGUGGAGAUCUUGCUGUUCAUCAAAGGAUUCACACAGGAGAGAAACCGUAUAAAUGCCUGGAGUGUGGAAAAAGUUUCAGUCGGAGUGGAAGCCUUUCUUCCCACCAAAGAGUUCACACAGGGAAGAAACCAUAUACAUGCCUGGAGUGUGGAGAGAGCUUCAAGGAAAGUGGAAAACUUACUGUCCAUCAAAGAAUUCACACAGGUGAGAAACCAUAUAAAUGCCUGGAAUGUGGAAAAAGUUUCUCUCGGAGUGACAGCCUUAAUUCCCAUCUAAGAGUUCACACAGGGGAGAAACCAUACAAAUGCCUUGAAUGUGGGGAAAGCUUCCGUCAGAAUGGAAGCCUUUCUUCUCAUCAAAGGACUCACACGGGAGAGAAACCAUAG